AAGAAGCGGCCGAAAAUUAACAGGCACGAAGAAUUCGAAAGGAGAUUGACUUUUUGUCAAGAUGUUACGAAAAAAGCUUCCAACAUGGAGACGCUACCUCACAGUGGAGCCCUUGAUAUUUUUCUACGGCUACGGUCUGACGAUGAGCAUGCCGAUUUUUAGACAGUAUGUGUACAGCGUCAUCAGCCAGUGGAAGGGUUUACCCUACGAACAGUUGCUGUUGGAAAAAGAAGGCCUGGGAUGUCAAGAACAUUUUGCUGGUGCAAACAAUACUUUGAGGGAUCUAGAAAAUGAGGUACAAAGUCUGGCAACUAAAAUCGACACAGGAAACAUUGUCUUCUGGGCCAUUCCUUCGCUCAUCGUAGCACCAUUUUGGGGUCCAUGGACUGACAAAUCUCGCCGGAGGAAACCCGCGCUCCUCGCUCCUGUGAUUGGUGCAUUUCUUGCCAUUACGGUCUGGCUCAUGGUCAUGUAUUUUGAAUGGCCGCUGUACGUGACGUUUAUCGGCUCAGCGCUAGCUGGAUUCUCUGGUCAUCUAACGACCAUCUCGUUAGCAGUAAUGGCAUAUAUCGCUGAUACCACUGAAAAGAACGAAAUUGCUUUUCGGCUUGCCAUUAUGCAGACGCUUUUCUUCAUGGGAGGUGUCGUGAGCCAGUUGACCAGUGGUUUCUGGAUCCAUAGAUUCGGAUUCAUCAUACCUACGUGGAUCAUCCUGGGAUGUUAUUUAAUAUCUGGCCUCUGGGUCAUCUUCUUAGUUCCGGAAAGCCACGAGAAAGCCACCCACGAGAAACACAAUUUCUUCGAUAUCAAGAGCUUAAACGUUCUCGUCAACGUCUUUAGAAAGGAAAGGGAAGUCGGAAGGAAAAGUUUGCUUCUACUCGUUGUCGUAAGCGCUAUCAUCUACCUAACAAUAUUGGGCCUUGAAGGCGUAACUAGUCUUUUCGUCAUGAGAAGCCCCCUCUGCUUUAGACCCAAACUCGUUGGGUACUUUUUGGCAUACGGAAUGUUCCUCAGUGGAGUGGGAGGAGCCGUUGGUGUCAAGUUGCUUGGGAAGUUUUUCAGCGAGUUAAAUGCUUGUGAUAUAUCGAUUGUCAGUCAGAUUGGUGAAAUGGUGCUCCUAGCGUUCGCAACUCGGACCUGGUUGGUUUUUGUUGCACCAAUAUUGGGCUUCUUUAACUCAUCUGUUGGCCCAAUUAUCAGAAGUAUUUUGUCAAGGAUAGUUGGUAACGAUGAGCAAGGUUCCUUGUUUUGUGCUAUUGGCAUUAUUAGUAGCCUCUGCCAAUUCCUGGGUGCGACGUUAUUUUACAGCGUGUACGAACGCACUCUCCACCUCACAUUCGGUGGUUUCGUGUUCCUUCUGUGCGCCGCCAUAAAGCUAAUUCCUUUUUGUAUCCUCAGGUGCGUACAAGUACCACCGACCGAUGAACGGCGAGAAACAGGAGAAGAGAUGACAUUGAAGGAUGAUGAAGAAAAUGGUAAUAAACAAGACGAGAAGUUGCUCGAGGAAAACGGAAAAGUGAAAGACUCAGAACAUGAAAAUGAAAAUGACACAUCAGCAGAAGCCGACGUGUUUGACCCAGACAAAAUAGAGCUUGCAAAGCCAAUAGAGGACUAGGAAUAUCCACCGGAAAUGUUGAGAUAACAAAGCAGAAAGCAGGCUGACAGCCGAACAGACAGACAGACAGACAGACAGACAGACAGACAGACAGGCAGACCCACAGACAGACAUACAGACAGACAGACACAGUCAAGAGGACGGUUAAAAAAAUAGAUCAAUUUUUUUUUUUUUUAAUGUGUAAUAACAUCCAGAGCCUUAUGUCUUUUAAUACAAAACAAUAUAGUUUAGGUAAGGUCAUUGAUAAUAAUUAGUCACGUUUUUGCUUAAUUGAUACUUCUCUGAUUAGUGGUUUGAAAUGUAACGGCCAGAUGCUACUGAGAUUGAUUGAAAUAGGAGCGCAAGACUUGUACAUCAUUCACAUCAAAGCUUAAACGUAUUUUAAAGCUGUUUUGUUAAACACGGUUCAUAUUUGUUUUCUUCAUAGCAGCUGCUUAAACCGAUGUUUGUCGACUUCAGUGUAGCAUAUUGAAAAGACAAGUUAUUGACUACUUGAAUCAAAUAGAAAGUUCAGUUUUCAAGUCUCUGUUUCUGAUUUUCAUUCAGUUAAAAAAUCCAUUUUAGCUUAACAUGUUUGCUGGUGUGAACGGGAUAUACGUUAUCCAGACGAGUGAAAUAUGUGGUGGGGAUUUCCGGAAAAUGGUUGUAUCGAGUAUGUAUCGAAGCUCUCAAAGAGGUGAUAGCUCUUAGGGCUAACGGUUUAAUUUGGCCGUUUUAUGGCUGGCGGUUAACCCCAUUGAGGCCUUAUCUAUCGUAUUAGCCUUCUAGAAUUCUACACAUCCACAGUAUUUACAUAACCUGAGUAAUGCAUGCACCCAACGUCUACGCGACACGAUACCCUUAGCCAAGUAGAAUUUUUAUACAAUGUCAGAAAUAUGAGAGGACGAAGACAUCGUCAAAGCAAAUCGAAAGUUAAAGUAGGACAAAGUCCGACGUUCUCCAUACCUUGUAAAAUUCCCUUUUUUAGCUUGUUAUCCUUUUUGAGUAAUAAAGAUAUAACUGUUACACCAAG